AUGAUCGAUUCAUCAGAUACUAAUCGUCGAAAGGAGAUUAUACCAACACCAAAUCGACCGAUACUUAAACAACAACCCUUCAUUAGAAAUACAACUAAUGACGAAUUAGUGUCUAUAUCAGAACAUAAUUCUACUAUUCACACACUUCAAGAUGAUACACUUACUAAUAAUGAACCUUGUGCUAUUACAAAAGAAAUAACUUCCAAUACGAAAUCUGAUGACAUGAAUCGUCACACAGAUCGCCAAUCUCAACUAGAAAUGGUUGAUGAAACUCACGACUUCGACGCAUUUAUCAGUGAAAAUUUCGUCGUAUUUUCAGGAAAACAAAAUGUUCAUCGAUGGUUAGAUGAAACUGAACAAAAAUUUAAAGAAUUUAAAAUUUCUAGAAAUCUACGCUUCCAAGCAAUAACUCUUCUCAUCGAAGGAGAAGCAAAACGAAAGUACAUCAAGGUACGAAAAGAAAUUCAUUCUUUUGAUGACUUCUACGAAUUUUUACUUUUGCAUUUCGAUGCAGACGAAAAGUCAGUACUAAGUACUGAUAAUUCUAGAUUGAGACAUCAGCCGACUACCUUUCAUUCUACCACUUCUGUAAAUUUUGGUGCCACCAAUCUACUUGGUGAGUUACCUGAUAAGAAUCCUACGAGCAAUACUAGUGACUCUUCUACUUUCGUACUUGAUGAAACCAUCAAUGAUUUACGAAAAGCAAUCGUUAGUGAUUUAAUAAAAAAUCCAAAAAUAUUCAAAGGUGGUAAAGAUGACGUCAACAAAUGGAUUGAUGAUAUCGAACAUCUUUUAGAUGUUGCGCAUAUUCCGGAGAGUAGUCGUUUAGAUUUAAUUUCAUACUCGUUGCGAGGAGAUGCUCUUCAAUGGUUUAAAACCAGUAAGAGUAUGUUUACUUCAUGGAAAGUUUUUACCAGUGAAUUAAAACGUGCUUUCACUUCCUCAUUUCAUGAAGAAUUAGCGUUUAAAAAACUCGAAUCUUAUAACCAAGGUGAAAACCAAUCGAUUCGAAACUUUUUUAAUGAAAUAUUAAAACUAUGCAACGAAGCGGAUGCCACCAUGAGUGAAGCCACAAAAUUGAAGAAUCUGUUGAACAAAACCAAACCAACUAUUCAGUUUGAAGUCCGAAAGAAGAAACCGACAACUCCUACAGAAUUUCUUGAAUACGCUAAAGAUAUUGAAGAAUUAUUUCAACUUUCGAAUAUCAAUAAUGAAGAUAUGAAAACUUCUAACGAUGAAAAUCACAAAGAACCAUUACUACCUUCUUCAAGUACAGUACCUUUAUACAAUAAUACAUAUCGAAAUAUUUCAUCAACGACUCAAUCGUCCCCGAAGUAUCAUAAAUAUAAUAAUUACCAGAAUAGUAAUAAUACUUUCGUGAAUCCACACAGUCGUAAUAAUUAUCAACCACCAUCACGAAUACCCCCAUUUUCAUACAAUCAAUCCAGAAAUAUGAAUCAACAGUAUUCAUCAAAUCGUAAUAAUUCUUCAUUUAAUACCGCUAACAAUAAUCGAAUUCGACCACAGCCAAAUCAAAUGAAUUAUUCAAACAAUAAUCAAUCACGCUUACGGAGUGCGAAUACAGUGUUUUCACUGGAUCCUUCGAAUAAUGCUGAAGUAGAACCAGAAGAAUUUUCUAUUUCUUCUACACCCUGUAUAAGAUGUAAUCAAUUAGGCCACGAAUCCUCGUCGUGCCAAAAUUUCUAA